AUGCAGUGUCUACUGAGCGCGCUGCUCCUGGCCGGCGCCAGCGGCGUGCUGGCGAACGUCAACUACCCACCCAUCCCGUCAGACAAGACAACACCCGUGCAGCAGCGCCUUGCUUUCAAAAGCCCGACGGAAAUGUCAGUGGGCUGGAAUACCUACGAGCAGCUCUCCAACGCUUGUGUUCAGUACGGGACUUCGCAGACUGCGCUGAAAUCCAAGGCAUGCUCGGACAGCUCGGUGACAUAUCCGACUUCUCGGACGUGGUCAAAUGCUGUCACUUUGACGGGCUUGAAACCAGCUACUCAAUACUACUACAAGAUCGUGUCCGGGAAUUCAACCGUCAGCCAAUUUGUUAGCCCUCGACUAGCAGGCGACACCACCCCCUUCAAUGUGUCUCUCGUGAUUGAUCUGGGCGUUUAUGGCGACAACGGCUAUACCACCACGAAGCGAGAAGAGAUCCCUGCUAUCCAGCCUGCGCUACAGCAUACCACUAUUGGCGCACUCGCUCGCACUAUCAACAAUUACGAGUUUGUGAUCCAUCCUGGCGACUUUGCGUACGCGGACGACUGGAUUAAGACUCUGUCGGACUUGCUGAACGGGAAGAAUGCGUACGAAGCUAUUCUUGAGAACUUCUACGACCAACUGGCGCCAGUCGCUGGUGUGAAGGCGUACAUGGCAUCUCCCGGCAACCACGAAGCCGAUUGCCAGGAAAUCCCCUACACCUCCAGACUCUGUCCCACUGGGCAAAAGAACUUCACCGAUUUCCAAAAUCGUUUCGGCAGAACCAUGCCCUCCACCUUCCCAUCUCAAUCCACUAGCAAAUCCCUCCAAGCGAAUGCAAAGAAAGCUGCAGCCCUAGCGAACCCACCAUUCUGGUUCUCCUUCGAGUACGGCAUGGCGCACGUCGUGAUGUUUGAUACCGAGACCGACUUCAAGAACGCACCUGACGGGACUAACGGCUCCGCUCACCUCGAUACCGGCCGCUUCGGCUUCCCAGGCCAGCAGACGGCCUUCCUUCGCGCGGACCUGGCCAGCGUCAAUCGCACCCAGACUCCUUGGCUCAUCGUAGCCGGACACAGGCCGUGGUACGCUCUUGGCGACGAGCAAUGCGGCCCAUGCCAGAAUGCAUUCGAAACCAUCUUCUACCAAGCGGGCGUGGAUCUCGCCAUCUUCGGCCACGUGCACAACUCCCAGCGCUUCGCGCCUAUGUACCAGGGCAAAGUGGAUCCAGCAGGCUACAACAACCCCAAGGCCCCCGCCUACAUUAUCGCAGGUGGAGCAGGGAAUAUUGAGGGGCUGUCGACGUACAGCUCGAAUGCCACAGGGAAUGUCUUUGCGUACGAUGAGGACUUUAGCUAUGCUACGCUGCAGUUCAAGGACAGCGAGCAUCUGGGGAUCCAGUUUUUACGGUCUUCGACGGGCGAGCUGCUGGAUAGCAGUGUGUUGUACAAGAAACGGGGAUGA